UCUAUAGGACUUAUUGUGAGGCCAAGCCCUUCUGCUGAUUCAGAGUUUCUUGCUAAGUAGUCUAGCAUAAGUUUCUUCAGAGAUGAAAUAAAUAUGCUGGCUUUAAUGCAGGAUUAUGAACAUUUUUGGUAGAAAAAUUUGCAAGAGGGUUUUAGCUUUAGAGCUCUGGAUAUAGAAAAUAAGCUUGCUCUUCAAGAUUUUAUAUAAAAUAAUCUAAAUUGGCGAUGGAGCCUAUGAUGAUAUUAAGCAGUACUUUACUGAAGAAAUUCAAUGCAUCAAAACAUCAGUCCAGAAUGGUGGGACUAUUUUAGUCCAUUGUGCAGCUGGUAGAAGUAGAUCAGGAGCAAUGAUGACUGCUUAUUCCAUGUUCAGGUACAAGGUCAAACUAAAUGACGCCCUUAGCCUAAUCAAGAGCAAGAGGUCCAAAUCUGAUUCGAAUUGGGUUUUAAAAAACAAUUCGAGGAGUUUGAAGAGGAACUUGAUACUCAGACUUAUGAUGUUUAAUAUACUUUCAGAUGCCAAUUUUGGUUAA